UUUGAAAGUUUAGUGCAUGUCCCAUAUGUUGCACUUUUUGUAGUGAUUUUUCUUUCUACAUUGUCCGACCCAUCAUGAAUAUAAUUAUAUCCAAGCAAGGGAGAAUACAAGCACCAAUAAAAUACAUCAAAGUCGAAAUGUCUUCAUCAUAUAUCUAACGUUUGAAUUUAAUUCUAUGGUCAGAAGUCAGAACCUCCUCUUGAUCCUGCUUCGUGAUAACGUAUUUAUUUGGAUCAGAAAAAGCCCAGUUGAGAUGACACAAUGAAAGGUUCGUCAGUGAAAAAGCCUGUCAUUCUAGAUGUGGGAAAUUUGUUCACCAAAGUUGGAUUUUGUGAGUUGGAGAAAACUUCACCAGACCACAUAUUUCAUUCCAAGGAAGCAGAGAAGAUCCCUGACAGGGUGGUUGAUCAUUCACCUUCUCCAUUGAUAUCAGACAGGACUGUCACUGACUGGGAUAGCUUUGAGCAAAUUAUCCAGCAUGCCAUAUGGACUAAGAGCAAGAUCAAAAGCUCCGAUCAUCCUCUGGUACUCAUCGAAAAACCAGGUCUUGAACGUAGCUGCCGUCAGAAGAUGGUGGAGUUGGCAUUUGAAGGGUUAGAUGUGCCGGAAUUCUACCUAGCAAGUGAACCUGUAAUGGCACUAUAUUCUGUUGGUUUGUCAUCUGGGAUCGUGUUGUCUUCAAGUUACAUCUCAUCAAACGUUUCCACAAUACAUGAUGGACACAGGCCCCAUAUGGCCUUGUUCAUCUAGGUUUUGGAGGAAGGGAUGUAACUCAUUAUGCAAUGGACGUUAUUAAAGACGAGUUGGGCAAAGAGGUGAGUGUUGAGGAGGCUGAGCAAUUGAAGUGCUAUCAUGGGCACUUUCAUGCCAAGGAUAGAACUUGCAAUCCUGGGCCUGAAAAACUUGAAGAGAUUGGACAAAAGAUUGCAGAAUAUGUCUUAAACCCCAAAGGUGAUUGUAUGGGUUUCCACAAGGCGAUCCCUCGUAGCAUAUACCUGACUGAUGAAGAAGACGACUAUGAACAUGUUUAUUUUCGUAAUAUAAUGCUCUGCGGCGGCAACAGUCUUUUCCCUGGAAUCAAGGAGAAGCUGGAAAUGGAAGUAAAGACACCAUAUUAUCUCACAUGUGGGGUACGUGUGAUAGCGCCAUCAUUCCGACAGCAUGCAGCAUGGGUAGGAGGCUCAAUCGCUGCAUCUCUUCCAACUUUCAAAUCAUUCUGGAUAACCAAAGAGGAUUAUAGCGACUAUGGGGAAAACAUUUUGCAGAGAAAAUGUUUACCAUACUAAUUACAUGAGACA